AUGGAAGCAGGUAUGUCCGAGUAUGCUGCUGAUGCUGACAACACAUCAUCGGAAUAUUUUUGCGAAUCCGAUGUGGAUAGUGAUACUGGUUCCAAUGAGAUCGACGACGAUAUAAACCUAGUUGAGGAUCUAAGAUGCUGGGCCCUGUCUUUCAACAUAAGACAUAUUGCAGUUAAGGAGCUACUAAAAAUACAGAACCGGCGACUAUCUAACACUCUUCCGCAAGAUCCACGAACUCUCCUUAAAACAACGCAGACGAUCUCACUAAUACCGGUUGGAGAUGGACAUUAUUGGCAUCACGGAUUUAAGUCUUGCAUUGAAAAAGUUUUCAGCGAGAUUAAGGAACCAGUAAACAUAUCAAUAAAGAUUAACAUGGAUGGACUUCCUGUCUACAAAAGUUCCAAGGACGAGUUUUGGCCAAUCCUUUUCAAUAUUGACGAGUUUCCCUACAUCAAACCAAUGGUGAUAGGCAUCUAUAGCGGAAAGCAUAAGCCCACGGAUUUAACAGCUUUCCUGGACCCGUUUGUCAACGAAAUGAUAGACGUCUGUAAAAACGGAAUUAUGAUCAACGGAUUCAUAAUCACUGUUUCCAUCCGCUGCUUUGUAUGUGAUUCGCCAGCUAGAGCAUUUAUCAAAGGUGUGGCAAACUUCAAUGCUCAGAAUGGUUGCCAGAAAUGCGUUUCCCGGGGAGAAUAUUCACAUGUUUCACAUACUAAUUUCUACCCACAAAGCAGUUGCCCAACCCGAACUGAUGAAGGGUUUCGGAACAAGGACUAUGGAUCGCACCAUAAAAGCGAUUCACCGUUGCUGAGACUUCCAAUCGACAUGAUUAAGGAUUUCCCUGUAGGCGAUUCACUUCAUCUGAUCGAUCUGGGCAUCAUGAAGAAACUCCUUCUUGGAUGGCGUGAUGGAAGUGUCGGAUCAUACAGAACCAAGUGGCCUGCUAGCAUUUCAACCGACAUUUCGAAGAAAUUGUUACAGCUCAGAAUGCCACUAGAGAUACACAGAUCAAUGCGAGGCCUAGACUGUCUUUCACAUUGGAAAGGUUCAGAGUUUCGUACAUUUCUACAUUAUGCAUCCAUCGUCAUCUUGAAACCUGUUUUGCCUCCGCAUGUCUAUGAACAUUUUUUAGUAUUCUUUUGUGCUAUUACAAUUUGUUCGUCAGAUAUGUAUUCUUCUAUGCUCGAGUUGGCUCACCAAUUGUUAACACACUUUGUUGACAUGUUCAAAAGCAUCUACGGUGAAGAUUACGUAACUAGUAAUUUUCAUAACUUGAUGCAUUUGAUCGAAGAUGUUAAACGAUUCGGCCCAUUGCAUAAGUUUAAUGCAUAUCCGUUCGAAAGUAAACUAUUUGAAAUAAAAAUCUCAUUCGAACUGGCAGUAAACCAUUAG